AUGCUGAAUGCUAGUCAUGUUCGCCGACUUGGUCUUCUAGUCUAUGCAUCUGUAGAGGUCGCAACCGCGAGAAUGGGAAGCGCACAUAUUACUUACUUUAGACAUAUCGAAGCACUUUACAGUAAUUGUUUGCGUUGGCACGGGAACAAGCCAAUUAGACCAGUGUUUCAUGGGAGCAACAGUGCUGAAAAGAACCAAGUACAAGUGUGUUAUAUUCGGCAGCUGCACUCGUCGGUCAUACUUCCAUUAGGUCAUACCCUCAUCUACCCAGCUUGUCCCUACUACCUGUGCUCCAUCAAUCCUCCCGGCCUGACCGGACAAACUAUUUUACCUUACUGGAUCUACGAAACUUCGGAUUUUGGCCUUUACAAGAACGAGACGGUGCAGGUUCGCGGCAACGCGGCGACGGAAGGUAUGUGCCGCGCCGAGGAGGCUUUGCACCAUGCGAUCAAUGAGCAUGGUGUUGGUGGUCGGCCAUACAUAAGAGCAAAGCCGGCGCAGAAAAAGCACAUCAUAGCUGAAGCAAAAUGCGUGGAGUGCAAGCGAAAAGGGGCAGCUGGCUUCAUCAGCUUUUGUCGCGUAGUCAAAUGUCAAGUGUCCAAUCCAGUUCGUAUUCCGCACACCAGGUCGGCUGACAAUCCCCUGUCCAUGAUCACCACAGGGAAAAAUAAACGCCGCAGCAGGGUACAGAGUAUGUAA